GGGGGCGCCCGACUGAGAUCCAUGGUGCUCGAGGCCUCCUUCCUCUGCAUCGACAACUCGGACUAUAUGCGGAACGGCGACCACGCGCCCUCGCGGAUGGAGGCGCAGCUGGACGCCGUCAACUUGCUGUCGGGCGCAAAGACGCAGAGCAACCCUGAAAACGUCGUCGGGCUGCUCUCGACGGCCGGGCGAGGGGUGGAGGUGCAGGUGGCGCUGACGGGCGACGUCGGCCAGGUCCUCUCCCUCUCGCACGGCAUCAAGAUUGGCGGCAACGCCAACUUGUCAGCGGGCAUCCAGGUGGCGCAGCUCUCGCUCAAGCAUCGGCAGAACAAGAACCAGCGGCAGCGCAUCAUCGUCUUCGUGGGGUCGCCGGUGCAGGAGGAGGAGGCGGCGCUGGUCAAGCUCGGCAAGAAGCUCAAGAAGAACUCCGUCGCGAUGGACAUCAUCAACUUUGGAGAGGAGGCGGAGAACGCCGCCAAGCUCGAGGCGCUGCUCAACGCCGUCAACUCUGACGACAACUCGCACCUCGUCACCGUCCCUCCCGGCCCGCACGUCCUCUCCGACAUCCUGCUCUCGUCGCCCAUCGUGCAGGGCGAGGACGGCGCGGGCGCCGCGAUGGCCGGCAUGGGCGGCGGCGGCGGCGAGGGCGCGGGAGACUUCGCCGGCCUCGCGGUCGACCCGAAUAUGGACCCUGAGUUUGCGUGGGCACUGCGCGUCUCGAUGGAGGAGGAGCGCGCGCGGCAGGAGGCGGCGGCAAAGGCGGCGGAGGAGGCGGGGGCGGGCUCGGCGGAGGGCGCCGCGGCGAGCUCGGGCGAGGGCGCGGCCGCAGCGCCGGCGAGCGACGCCGAGAUGGCGGAGGCGGCCGGCGGGGCGGCGGCGGGCGACGCGGACGAGCAGGCGCUGCUCGAGCAGGCGCUGGCCAUGUCGAUGCCCGGCGCGGCGGCCGAGCAGCCAAAGACGCCCGCCACCGCGCCGCCCGCCGAGACGCCCGGCGCUCCGGUCGGCGGCGCGUCGGAGACCCCCGCGUCCGCCGCGCCGCCGCCGUCCGCCGUGCCGGCGCCCGCGCUGGAGGACGCCGUCAUGGCGGAGGCGGACGAGGACGAGGCGAUGCAGCUCGCGCUGGCGAUGUCCAUGUCUCAGGGGGGCGGCGGCGAGUCCACCACGCCCGCGCCCGCGCCCGCACCCGCGCCCGCCGCCGGCGACAUGUCCGCAGUCUUCCAGGACCCGAGCUUCCUGCAGUCUGUCCUCGGCUCGCUCCCCGGCGUCGACCCAAACGACCCGCGCAUCCAGUCGGUCCUCCAAAAGCAGGACGGCGACAAGAAGGAGGACGAGGACAAGAAGUGACGCCGCCGCGGGAGCUUGGGCUGCUCUUCCUUGCGCUGCACCUCGAGACGCGGGACGGCCUGCGGCGCGCUGCGCAUGCCGGACGCUGCAUGCCGUGCGUUCUGGUGUUUAUGCUCGAAGAACCUUCCCGUGGCGCACCUUGAUCUCGUUGCGCAGCGCGGCUUCUUUGGGUCUAGUGCGUCAGCGCGGCAACGUCCGCCCAACAGGCGCUCAUUGCGCCUCGGAGGCACUGGGCGGCGGCUGAAUUCGAGGUUAGGGGUAUGAUCAAAGGAAAUUUUUU